CGGUGGAACCAACACGGGCCGGGAGAAAAUAUGGCGUUAGGAGAUGCCUGGAAACAAUUAUCUUGGUUUUAUUACCAAUAUUUGCUCGUAACAGCGCUGUAUAUGUUGGAGCCUUGGGAGAGAACUAUCUUCAAUUCUCUCCUGGUCACAGUGGCAGCGAUGGCCAUCUACACUGGUUAUGUGUUUAUGCCUCAGCACAUAAUGGCCAUAUUACACUAUUUUGAAGUGGUCCAGUGACGUCAUCAGCCGGGACCAUCGGGAUGCUCGCCACCUCUGCCUGGUGGUGCUUUAGAACUGUUCACUACGAUGUUUGUGAUUUACUUCAAGCGAGGACACUUGUGUAUGUUGGAGACCAGCGCUGAGGAGCGUGAUUAAGGCCUGGCUAAUUAUGUGUGAAGAGCACAUACUGUCCUUGCUAGAAAUACACCAUUUUAAGACUUUUUUUGUUUUUUAAAUAAUGCUUCUUGUUUAGUUUCAUGACAGUGGUUUAUUCAGAUGAUAAAUAUUUUUUCUGAUAUAAAUGUGUAUAUUUAAUUGUAUACAUAUUUGUAAAGUUUUAUAGAGAUUUAUUUUGGCUGACCUGAAAUGAUUUGGUUUGUGGACUGAUGAAUUAGAUACUGUUUUUGUCACCACUGGAAAUCUAUUUUUAUCAGAUGCCUGCGAGUCAUGCGGUAAAUAAUUACCUGCGCUGAUGUGAUGUCAUUGUGGAUACUUCAGACCUGGUUGCUCAGGUCAUAAACC